AUGCAGCUUUUCCACCGCCCUCUCACCAUACCCAUUGGAAAGGGGGUACGACAAGGCGAUACUAUAUCGCCGAAGCUGUUCACGGCUGCAUUGCAAUGGAUAAUGAAAUCACUAUCCUGGGAAGAAAGGGGCAUACGUGUUGAUGGAAGAUUUCUUUCGAACCUUCGUUUCGCGGACGACAUCGUUCUUUUUUCGAGCAGUACCAAUGAAGCAGAAACGAUGCUCAACGAAUUGAACGAAGCAGGGAAGAGAAUAGGACUGCGGAUAAACAGAAAGAAGACACAGUUCAUGAAGAACGCCUACUGCGAGGACGAAGGAGUACAACUUGAAGGCUCUCAAAUCGUGGAAACUUCGUCAUACGUAUACCUCGGGCGUUCUAUGAACAUGGAAAACGACUUGAAGGAAGAACUGAAUAGAAGAAUGAGAGCAGCAUGA